AUGCAAAUUCUUUCUGAUAACUUGGACUGCAGCCUUCUGAUGAAAGAGGCUGGAUUGAAAUUUGGGAUUGUAUCGUAUCAAAUGUGGAUUGGACUGCAAUGCCUUCAGCACAUUAACUUGCUUACCACAAAUCCGGAAGAAGUAAACAGCUCAGUACCCAUAUCGUCCUUAUUCCACUAUACUCAAGGACGAAUUUCGCUGGCUGAAAGCUAUAGAAACAAAAUCUUUGAUCGUUUCGAAGCGUCUGUAUGCGUUAAAACACCGAGCUUCGAGUGUGGAUUACGGAGUCAGUUCAGAUGGAUGCGAAGCUUUGUGAGGGUUAAUGAAUCUUUGGAUCAAUCACCACUGUAUGCAAUAUGGAUGGCCAAUGAGUUUAAUGAAACUGCAAGUUGGAUAGAGAAGCUUAAGAGCUUCAACUUUCAAAGAAAGGACUUCGUACGGCAGUUUCGACGACCAAAACUCUCUCUUGACAUCAUGCCUGCUUACACUAAUUAUUCCACUGAAUCUAAAUCGAAGAACAUUAAACUGGAUGAAACUACAUGGAAGCCACCCUUGCUUGAAACUACACUUAAGCCACAUGGUCGGAACUAUAAACUAAUAAAAAUUAUGACGACAGAAAAGGUAGCCCGAGGUUACAUGGACGCUGGUUUCCAUGCUUUGCUACUACGUUCUCAGUCCUAUGCAGAAAAUAUUUUUUCCGACAACAGCGCUUUGAAAUUUAAGGACAAACUGCCGUACUUCCUUGAGGAAGGGCCUCUCUCCAGGGGUAUCAAAUUUAUCAAAUCGAAUCAGGAUAUUAAAACAUUCUUCCAGAAAAGAGAGAGAAGGCGCAUUUACGAUCGUGUCUGGACGGCGAUUAUAUGGCGAGUUAAGCAGGAAUUAGACGAAUAUGCUAUCAUAACGAAUUUUGGAACCAUUCUUAACCGAAGCACAGAGGGGAACGAAAUCUUUUCGGAAUUUGCUGAUUCUUUAAAGUGGAGUUCAGCAGCUGAUCUGAUGGUGGUGGAUAAAAGUAAUGGCGGAUCUGUGAGUUUGGUUUAUCGCGGCUCCAAAUCUACAUAUUUACAGGGUGGGCCAAAAUUAUGA